CGCGUAUCUGGUGUCUCCAUCGACCGACACUCUUAUCUUCUUGCUAGACUGUGAUUCUUUUCUCUAAGAAGUAUUUUUUAAUUUAGAUCUAUUGCUUUUUACCUUCCAAAUCCCUCUCGGAGACUGUCGCCCCGCACUCCGCCCUUUCCGACACGACGCGAGCCCUUGUCAACAUUUAUUUCUCCCGCUCCGAUCGCGCUCCUCCAGUUCGUCACUCAUCAAUGACCUCUACGAGCUUGUUGCAAUAGAGUUGGAAAUACCAUGGAGGUUGCCACGCCGGGAGUGUUGAAUGGCGUGUCCACGCCAGACGCGGCACCUGCGGUGGAUUCUGGUGCGGUCAUCCAGUACCUAACGGAAGUGCUCCAGGUGACACUGGGUGCUCUGAAGUCCGAGCUGGAGAGCGCCGGGAGCUUGCUCUCGGAUGCUAGAUAUCAUGAGACUGCGCAAAGAUGUACGCGAUUUGCCUCGGAGUCACAAGUUGCGCUCUACGUGCAGAAGGAUAUUUCGGUCGCAGAGGAAACAGAUGGCGAUGCUCAAGGCGCCGAGCCGAUUGUACAGUAUACCUACAACCUGUCCUCCGAGAUCUCCUCCACCUCGACUACCGUCGCGUCGGUAGCCUUUAUCAAACGUCCGGCUCCAAUUGAUCCUGCUCUCCCGAUCGCCUCGCAGAUCCAGGUCAUGAAUCUGCCCGGCCUCGCGUCUCUGAACAAUGCCCAGACACAGCAGGGAAAUUCCAUGUCACCCUAUCAGAUCUUGCAUCUGCUACUCCACCACGGACUGAGUCCUUACUUCGAAGCCUACACUCGUAAUCAGGAAGCGGCCGCCGGCACGAAAUCGAGAACGGAUACCGAAGCGAAGACCGGUAUCCCUGGGACAAAGAAGAAGUUUGCGGAACUGGAGCUGGGUCUGAUGCACUUGCAGCAAAAUGUGGAGAUUCCUGCAUUGAGCCUCCCGCUCCAUGAGGUGGUGCAGGCCGCGCUUAAGGAAGCCGAGGCUAGGGGCAUCAAACCGACCGUCGAACUGAUUCCAUCCGCCGUUCUGGAUAGCAGUGCAUUCACCAAUAGUAUUCAGAAUACGGUGAAUGGUUGGAUUCGCUCCAUUCAGACGAUCACGAAGAUGUCUCGAGACCCUGACAGCGAGUCGGCCUCCCCGGAGGUGAACUUCUGGUUGUCGAUGGAGACUGCGCUGGAGGGGAUCGAGAACCAGCUGGCAAGCGAUGGGGUUCGGCUGACAAUGGAUAUCCUUCGCCACGCCAAGCGAUACCAGCCGACCCUAAGUUUCGUGGCCGAUACUGGGCUGAAAGAUGCCACCGAGUUGGUCCAGAAGUACAAUCAGCUGAUGCGUGAUUUCCCGCUGGACGAGCUCCUAUCUGCCACUUCCCUGCAGAAAGUGCAGGAGUCUCUGGGUCUGAUCUUCAACCAUCUCAAUAAGAAGUUGAAGAUCUGUCCGUAUCCUAUCAAGCGUGCCCUUUCUCUCGUGGAAGCUAUCUCUGGUGACCUGGACAAGAAGAUUCAUGAUCUGAUUCAAGGUCGUGAGAUUCUCCAUCUGGAGUAUCGCGAGUUUCGGUCUUUGAUGAAGAUCACGCAGGCAAUUUGGCGUUCAUGGGACGAGAACCUGAAGGAGUUCACUAAUGUAGCCCGUGAGUCGACAAGACGCCGGAACGAAAAGUUUAUCCCCAUCAAGAUCAAUGCUCGACACGACAUGACCCGUGAGCGGCUGAAGUACAUUGAUACAUUCCGCGUCAACCACGAGCAGCUUCAAAAGACCAUCAUCAACGUUCUUGGACCAAAGAACUCUUCACCCACAGAGACCGGCGCUGGCGUUGACUCUGAGGAGACGGUCAUCGUCGAGGAAAUCGGUGACGUCGACGCCGUUGAGGAGGUUACUCACGCCUACGAUGCUUUAAAGAACGUGGACGUACUGGAUGUCUCACCGGAAGGAUCACGCACCUGGGAACAGGCCGAAAUUGGCUACAGUGAGCGUACCUCUCGUGUCGAAAACUCCAUUAUUGCCCGCCUGCGUGAUCGCCUUGCUACCGCCAAGAAUGCCAACGAAAUGUUCCGUGUCUUCUCCAAGUUCAAUGCUCUGCUUGUCCGUCCGAAGAUCCGCGGUGCCAUUGGCGAGUAUCAGACUCAGCUGAUCGACAACGUGAAGCGCGAUAUCUCCACCCUUCAUGAGCGGUUCAAGCAGCAGUAUGGUCAUUCCGAGGCUCACGCCAUGGCUCAAUUGCGCGAUCUUCCCCCUGUCUCCGGUGCCAUCAUUUGGGCCCGACAAAUUGAGCGGCAACUCGACGGUUACAUGCGCAAGGUGGAGAACGUCCUCGGCGAGGACUGGCAUCUUCACUCCGAGGGCCAGAAGCUCCAAGCGGAGGGUAACCUGUUCCGCAAGAAGCUCGAUACCCGUCCCGUCUUCGAAUCUUGGCUCUAUGAUGUACAAAGACGGCAUAUUACUAUCUCCGGGCGGCUGUUCAAUAUUGUACGCAAUCGUGCUGCGGGAAACAAGUUGGAGCUUACGGUCAACUUCGACGCUCAAAUCAUUGCCUUGUUCAAGGAGGUGCGCAACCUCAUCUGGCUGAACUUUCAGGUCCCCCAUGCUGUUAGCAACAUCUCGAAGGAAGCGAAGCGUGUAUAUCCAUAUGCCAUCAGUCUGAUGGAAAGUGUACGAACACUGCUCCAAACCUACCGUACAAUUGCCUCAAUGUCUGAUGUCGCGAUUCUUCUCAAUGGUUACGUGAAUGACUCUCAAGCCAUGGUGAACAAGGGCAUUCCAUUAAGAUGGGAGUCAUUCGUUCACUCCUACGAGCUCCAUGUUAAGCAGUCAGCUCUUGCAAAUGGUGCCAUCGAUACUGCUAUGCCUAAUCGGACCGAGAGCAAGCACGUUCAAUUUGUCCGUGAAUUUGCUGGCUCCGCAUCGGUCCUUCAAUCCAAGACUGCGGUUCUGUCGUCCAUCAAUGAAAGUAUUCAGAAAUCCAUCCAUGAGCUCAAAACAUGCCUUUACGAUUCUGCGGCGUUCAAGCAACGCUUGGACGUUAUCCAGGUUGCGGUGGAUAAGCUCAACCUCGAGAACUACGUGAACCUCGGGUAUUGGGUUUCGGAACUGAACGGCAAGAUCGAGUCCAUUCUCAAUGAGAGGCUUCAUCGUGCUAUUCGCGAGUGGAUCAACACCUUCCAACAAUCUCGCAAUGGACAGACUAUCACCCCGCCAUCAGUUGAACAGGACGCCGUGACUUACAACCUCUCCUUCCCCGAGCUGUUCCAUGAGAUUUCUAUGAAGAACCAGGUUCUCCACCUCGAUCCCCCUUUGCAGUUUGCUCGUGCAAGCUGGUUCUCACAGUUUGACUCCUGGUUGGGGGUUAUCUGUAAUCUCGAGAAGAUCAAGGCUUCUCGGUACCAGAUCUCCAUCGAUGUGCAGACUGUUCGUCAGUCGGAAGCUUGCUUUGCAGACCUCCCCCAGCGCUGCACCGAAGAGCUGAACCAGGUCUAUGGUGUAGUUGAGAGCCGAUUGAAGGACGUAUCGGAAUAUGUUGACAAGUGGCUACAAUUCCAGUCGCUUUGGGAUUUGCAAUCUGAGCAGGUUUAUGAUAUCCUGGGUGAUGAUCUGUCUCAGUGGCUGCAACUCCUUCAGGAAAUCCGCAAGAGCCGUGCUACUUUCGAUACCUCCGAAGUCAGCCGUUCUUUCGGCAAUAUCCGUAUCGACUACGAACAGGUUCAGACUAAGGUGAACGCCAAGUACGAUCAGUGGCAACACGAAAUUCUCCUGAAAUUUGGAGCCAAGCUCGGUGGCCGUGUGAGAGAGGUUCACUCCGAGAUUGCCUCUGCUCGUCGUGAUCUUGAGGGUCAGACUUUGGAAGCCUCGUCUACCGCACAUGCCGUCUCUUUCAUCACCAUUGUUCAGCAAUGCAAGCGUAAGACUCGCGUUUGGGAACCAGAGGUGGACCUCUUCCGUCAGGGUCAAACUACGCUUUCUCGCCAGCGAUAUGCCUUCCCCAAUGACUGGCUCCAUGUUGAGAAUGUUGAUGGUGAAUGGACUGCCUUGAAUGAGCUGCUCGCCCGCAAGAGCAAAAUCGUUCAGGAUCAGACUGAUGCUCUUCGUGCCAAAAUUACUGCCGAGGACCGUGUCAUUAGUGACAAGAUUGCGGAAGUUAUUGCGCAGUGGAAUGACGAAAAGCCAGUUUCGGGUACCAUUUCCCCGGAUGAGGCAUCUCGUACUCUGAGCUCCUUCCAGUCACGCCUCGAAUCCCUCCAGUCUGAGUUUGAAAUGGUCUCCAAGGCCAAGGAAGCUCUCGACCUUCCUACCAGCUCCGACUCUUCCCUCCCGGCAAUCCUUGAAGAGGUUCAGGACUUUAUGUCUGUUUGGGCGGCGCUGUCUACGAUCUGGAAGAGCCUUAAUGACCUGCGUGAGGGCCUGUGGACUAGUGUACAGCCCAGGAAACUCCGACAGGCUCUUGAUGGCCUCAUCAAGAUGACCAAGGAGAUGCCCAGCCGAAUGAGACAGUAUGCUGCGUUCGAACACAUUCAAAAUGUUUUGCGUCAGUUCCUGAAGGUCAACUCUCUCCUCUCGGAUAUGAAAUCAGAAGCUGUUAAAGAACGUCAUUGGCAGAAAAUCUAUAAGUCUCUAAAGCCUGGAAAGCGAUUCUCCCUUGUCUCGCUUACCCUUGGUGAUGUGUGGGACUUGCAGCUUGCUACUAGUGAGACUGUCAUCCGCAGUAUCAUUGCGCAGGCCCAGGGUGAGAUGGCAUUGGAGGAGUUCCUGAAGUCCGUCCGCGAGACCUGGCAGAACUAUUCUCUGGAUCUGGUCAAUUACCAGAACAAGUGCCGCCUCAUUCGUGGAUUCGACGAUCUCUUUGCUAAGUGCAGCGAGAACUUAAACUCUCUUCAGGCCAUGAGGCACUCCCCGUACUACAAGGAAUUCGAGGAAGAGGCUACAUCAUGGGAAGACAAGUUGAACCGUGUUCAUGUCUUAUUCGAUGUUUGGAUUGAUGUUCAAAGACAAUGGGUCUACUUGGAGGGUGUCUUCACUGGCAACGCUGAUAUCAAGCACCUCCUUCCUCUCGAGUCAAGUCGCUUCCAGAACAUCAACUCCGAAUUCUUUGCGGUUAUGAAGAAGGUCUACAAAUCGCCAUUUGUUCUGGAUGUCCUCGGAAUCAACGGUGUCCAGAAGUCUCUGGAACGACUGGCUGAGCUGCUUAACAAGAUCCAGAAGGCGCUUGGUGAAUACCUGGAACGAGAGCGUGUGUCAUUCCCUCGCUUCUACUUUGUUGGUGACGAAGAUCUACUGGAGAUCAUUGGUAAUAGCAAUGAUAUCUUCCGUGUGGCCAAGCACUUCAAAAAGAUGUUCGCCGGUCUAUCAGGUCUUGUGAUGGAUGAUGACAACAACAUUGUUGGCUUCACCUCUAAGGAGGGUGAGGAGGUCCGCCUCAAGCGUGAGGUCAACCUUGUCAAGACCCCUAGGAUCAAUGAUUGGCUUUCCGCUUUGGAGAACAACAUGAAGUUGACCCUAGCCGAGCUGCUUGGUGAAGCUGUCGAGCAAUUCGAAACCCUUUAUCAAGCCACCGAGGUGGAUCGUACGGCUUUCAGUGAUUUCCUGGCUAACUACCCGGCACAGAUUGUCGUCUUGGCUAGUCAAGUCGUUUGGACCAAUGCGGUCCAGAAGUCUCUGGAAGAGGGUGGUGUCAACCUUCAAGCGCUGUAUGAGGCCGAGGUCAGAAUCCUCGAACUUCUGGCCGCUACGGUUCUUGGUGAAUUGGAUGCCAUCACUCGCAAGAAGUGCGAACACAUGAUCACUGAAUUUGUGCACCAGCGUGAUGCUAUUUCCAAACUCAUCCAGUUCAACGCCACUACUCCAACACACCAUCUCUGGCUGCUGCAGAUGCGCUAUGUCUACCAGCCAGACGGUGACUUCCUUCAGCGCUUGCAUGUGCACAUGGCCAAUGCCAAGCUGAACUACGGUUUCGAGUACUUGGGUGUGCCGGAGCGGCUAGUUCGCACUCCUCUUACCGAUCGUUGUUUCCUCACCCUCACCCAAGCCCUCUGCCAACGGCUGGGUGGCUCCCCCUAUGGACCUGCGGGUACCGGUAAGACCGAGUCUGUUAAGGCGCUUGGUCUUCAGCUCGGUCGGUUCACCCUUGUUUUUUGCUGUGACGAUACAUUCGAUUUCCAGGCCAUGGGCCGUAUCUUCCUCGGUAUCUGUCAGGUCGGUGCUUGGGGUUGCUUUGACGAGUUCAACCGUUUGGAAGAACGGAUUUUGUCUGCCGUUUCUCAGCAAAUUCAAAAUAUCCAAAUUGGUCUGCGAAAUGGCGAGAAUGAGGAGAAGUCUCAAAUUGAGCUUGUUGGACGUCGCUUGGCCGUCAAUUCGAACACUGGUAUCUUCAUCACGAUGAAUCCUGGAUACGCCGGUCGUUCAAACUUGCCCGAUAACCUAAAGAAGUUGUUCCGCAGUGUUGCAAUGUCAAAGCCUGACAAGGAGCUUAUUGCAGAGGUAAUGCUGUUCUCCCAGGGUUUCAAGCAAGCCAAGCCUCUUUCCAAGCAAACAGUGCCAUUCUUCGACCACUGUGCUUCUCAACUGUCCAAGCAAGCACACUACGACUUUGGUCUUCGUGCUUUGAAGAGUGUUCUCGUUAGCUCUGGUGGUCUCAAGCGCACUCGUCUCGCCAAUUCGGAUCACGAUUUGGGCCCUGAUGAAAUUAUUGAACCCCAAAUUAUCGUCCAGAGUCUGCGAGAGACCAUUGCACCUAAGCUCGUGCAAGAAGAUGUUGACCGUAUGCUCAAUAUUCAGCUAGAAGACUUCCCAGGAGUUGAAUACGUGCCUGCCAACUACGAAAAGCUCACACAGGCCAUUCGAGACAUUGCCAAAGAGCAGCACUUUGUCGACAGUGAGAUGUGGAUCACCAAGGCCCUGCAACUAUACCAGAUUCUGAGCAUCCACCACGGUGUCAUGAUGGUUGGUAAAUCGGGAUCUGGUAAAUCUGCCGCUUGGAAGAUUUUACUGCAGGCCAUGCAACGCAUUGAAGGUGUGGAAGGUGUUUCACACAUCAUUGACUCGAAGGUUAUGUCUAAGGAAGCCCUCUAUGGUAACCUCGACAGCACUACUCGCGAAUGGACUGACGGUCUCUUCACUGGUAUCCUGAGAAAGAUCGUAGACAACCUUCGUGGAGAGGACAGCAAGCGUCACUGGAUAGUAUUUGACGGUGAUGUCGACCCAGAGUGGGUUGAGAACUUGAACAGUGUUUUGGAUGACAACAAGCUGCUCACACUGCCCAACGGUGAACGUCUCAACCUGCCUCCCAAUGUGCGCGUCAUGUUCGAGGUUGAGACUUUGAAGUAUGCCACUUUGGCCACUGUCAGUCGUUGCGGUAUGGUCUGGUUCAAUGCCGAUACCGUCACUCCUUCCAUGAUGAUCAACAACUACGUGGAAGGCUUGAAGACCAAAACCUUCGAGGACCUGGAUGACGACAGCGUCCCUGCUGGAACAUCCGCCGCCAAAACCCAGGAUACCCAGCAAAUGCUUUCCACCGUUCUCAAGCAGCACCUCGAGACGGACGACCUGGUACUGAAAGCGCUUGAGGAAGCAAAGAAGUACAACCACAUUAUGGACUUCACCGAUAUCCGUGGCCUCAAUACCAUGUUCAGCUUGCUAAAUAAGGCUUGCCGUAACGUCCUUGAGUACAAUAUCCAACAUGUGGAUUUCCCACUGGACUCGGAGCAAAUCGAGUCCUAUAUCUCCAAGAAGCUUCUGCUCACCCUGGUCUGGUCUUUUACUGGUGACUGUCCACUUACUGACCGCAAGGCCUUCGGUCAGUACGUCGCUGGAAUGACGACCAUUGACCUUCCGCCAGAUGGAGAAUCGUCGCUCAUUGACUACGAUGUUACUCUUCCAAAGUCGGAAUGGGCCAGCUGGCAGUCACAGGUUCCUACAAUUGACAUCAACACUCACUCGAUCACGCAGACAGAUGUCAUCAUCCCCACCGUGGACACUGUUCGUCACGAGGAUGUUCUGUACUCCUGGCUUGCUGAGCACAAACCUCUCCUGCUGUGCGGUCCGCCUGGAUCUGGUAAAACCAUGACGCUAUUUGCCGCGCUCAGAAAAUUGCCAAACAUGGAGGUCGUUGGCCUCAACUUCUCCAGCGCCACCACUCCCGAUCUUCUUAUCAAGACCUUCGAGCAGUACUGUGAAUACAAGAAGACUCUCAACGGUGUCGUCAUGUCUCCCAACCAGAUUGGUCGCUGGCUGGUCAUCUUCUGCGACGAGAUCAACUUGCCCGCCCCUGAUCGCUACGGCACUCAGCGAGCCAUCUCCUUCCUGCGCCAGCUUGUGGAACAGAAUGGCUUCUGGCGCACCUCCGACAAGACCUGGGUCAGCCUUGAUCGUAUUCAGUUUGUGGGUGCCUGUAACCCACCGACAGAUGCAGGUCGUACACCGAUGGGUGAUCGAUUCCUGCGCCAUGCUCCUCUCAUCAUGGUUGACUACCCCGGUGAGAUAUCGCUCAACCAGAUCUACGGUACCUUCAACUCUGCGGUUCUCAAGAUCCUGCCCCUGCUCCGCGGAUACUCUGAGGCCCUUACGAAGGCCAUGGUCCAGUUUUACCUGGAAUCACAAACUAGGUUCACGCCAAAGAUCCAACCUCAUUACGUCUACUCCCCUCGCGAGCUCACCCGUUGGGUUCGUGGUCUCUACGAGGCUAUCAAGCCACUCGAGACUCUGUCAAUUGAGGGUCUUGUGAGAAUUUGGGCCCAUGAAGCUCUGCGGUUGUUCCAGGAUCGUUUGGUCGCCGAGGACGAGCGAGCUUGGACCGCAGAUGCUGUUCGCCGCAUUGCGUUGGAGCACUUCCCAACCAUCGACCAAGAGGAGGCUUUGAAGGGCCCUAUCCUGUUCUCCAACUGGUUGUCUAAGCACUACGUGCCUGUGGAACAGGAACGUCUUCGCGAUUUCGUCAAGGCUCGUCUCAAGACAUUCUGUGAGGAAGAGGUUGAUGUUCCCUUGGUGCUGUUCAAUGAUGUCCUCGAACACGCGCUUCGCAUUGACAGAGUAUUCCGUCAGCCUCAAGGUCAUCUCAUUCUCAUCGGUGUAAGCGGAAGUGGAAAGACAACACUUUCCCGCUUUGUUGCUUGGAUGAACGGUCUGAAGGUCUUCCAGAUCAAGGUACACGGAAAAUAUUCUUCUGAAGACUUCGAUGAUGAUCUUCGCAGCGUUCUUCGUCGGGCUGGUUGCAAGGGCGAGAAGAUUUGUUUCAUUAUGGAUGAAGCCAACGUUCUUGACUCCGGUUUCCUGGAACGUAUGAACACCUUGCUUGCCAACGCCGAGGUGCCUGGUCUCUUUGAGGGUGAUGAAUUCUCCUCGCUGAUGACCGCCUGUAAAGAGGGUGCCCAGCGUCAAGGCCUUAUUCUAGACUCUCAGGAGGAGCUUUACAAGUGGUUCACACAGCAAAUCGUCAAGAACUUGCACGUCGUCUUUACAAUGAACCCGCCCGAAGAGGGACUAUCUUCUAAGGCGGCCACCAGUCCUGCUUUGUUCAAUCGUUGUGUGCUCAAUUGGAUGGGCGACUGGUCUGAUCAAGCCUUGUUCCAAGUCGGUUCUGAGCUCACUCAAUCCGUCGACCUGGAUAAGCCCAACUUUGUCUCUCCUGACAGUAUCCCCGUCGCCUAUCGUGAAUUGUCUCUUCCCGCUUCGCACAGAGACACUGUUGUUAACUCUAUGGUGUUCAUCCACCACUCUUUGCACCGGUUCAACCAGCGCCUGCAGAAGCAGCAAGGCCGGUCUACUUUCCUCACUCCUCGCCAUUACCUUGACUUUGUCGCUCAGUAUGUCAAGCUGUUCAAUGAGAAGCGCGAGGAUCUCGAGGAGCAACAGCGUCACUUGAAUGUCGGUCUCGAGAAACUCCGUGACACCGUCGACAAGGUUAGCGACUUGCGGGCUAGCUUGGCCCAGAAGAAAACACAACUGGAGAAGAAAGAUACGGAAGCCAAUGAGAAGUUGCAGCGCAUGGUUGCUGAUCAGCAGGAAGCGGAGCAGCGGAAGCAAGUUUCUUUGGAGGUGCAGCAAGCUUUGGAGAAGCAGGAGAAGGAAGUAGCAACGAGAAAGGAGGUCGUCUUGAACGAUUUGGCUCGCGCUGAACCUGCAGUCUUGGAAGCUCAAAAGAGUGUCAGCAACAUCAAGCGUCAACACCUGACUGAAGUCCGUUCUAUGGGUAACCCACCAGCUAGCGUUCGGCUUGCCCUUGAAGCCGUGUGCACACUUCUUGGUCAUAAGGUCGAUAGCUGGAAGACGAUCCAGGGUAUCAUUCGCCGGGAGGAUUUUAUUGCCAGCAUCGUCAACUAUGACAACGAACGUCACAUGACGCGCAACCACCGUGUCAAGAUGCAGAAUGAGUUCCUUUCCAAGGAAGACUUCACCUACGAGCGAGUGAACCGUGCCAGUAAGGCAUGCGGUCCCUUGGUUCAAUGGGUUGAAGCCCAAGUCAACUACUCGGCCAUCCUAGAUCGUGUGGGACCCCUACGUGAGGAGGUCGACCAGCUUGAGGAGCAGGCUCUGCAGACGAAGGCUGAGGCACAAGCUAUUGAGAACACCAUUCAGAGCCUUGAGAGCAGUAUCGCCACCUACAAGGCCGAGUAUGCUGCCCUGAUCAGCGAGACUCAGGCAAUCAAGACAGAGAUGUCCCGAGUCCAAUUCAAGGUUGAUCGCAGUGUCCGUCUGCUUGACAGUCUGGCCUCCGAGCGUGAGCGUUGGGAAGAGGGCAGCAAGUCCUUCGAGACUCAAAUUAGUACUCUGGUUGGUGACGUACUUAUCGCUGCUGCUUUCCUUGCCUAUGCUGGUCUUUAUGAUCAGCAGUUCCGUAAGGCGAUGAUCGAUGACUGGGUUCACCAGCUUGCUCAGUCUGGCAUCAACUUCAAGCCCCACAAUCCGAUUACGGAAUAUCUUUCCAAUGCCGACGAGCGCCUCACUUGGCAAGCAAACUCUCUCCCUGUCGACGACCUUUGCACAGAGAACGCCAUUAUCUUGAAGCGUUUCAACAGAUAUCCUCUCAUCGUCGACCCAUCUGGCCGUGUCACAGAAUUCCUGCAGAAGGAGAGCAAGGAUCGCAAGCUGACCGUCACAAGCUUCUUGGACGACUCAUUCGUCAAGCAAUUGGAGAGUGCGCUGCGUUUCGGAAACCCUAUUCUCAUUCAGGAUGCAGAGCAUUUGGACCCGAUUCUCAACCACGUCCUCAACAAGGAGUACCAGAAGACUGGUGGCCGUGUUCUUAUCCAGCUCGGCAAGCAAGAGAUCGAUUUCUCUCCAUCAUUCAAGCUGUUCCUUUCGACCAGAGAUCCUUCUGCACAAUUCCCACCGGACAUUUGCAGCCGGACCACCUUUGUCAACUUCACGGUCACCCAGAGCAGUUUGCAGACACAGUCGCUGAACGAUGUCCUCAAGUUCGAGCGACCCGACGUGGAUGAGCGCCGCAACAACCUUGUCAAGAUGCAAGGAGAAUUUAAGGUCCACCUUCGACAGCUUGAGAAGCGCCUACUGCAGGCACUCAAUGAGUCUCGUGGUAACAUUCUUGAUGACGACAAUGUUAUCGAGACCCUCGAGACUCUCAAGAAGGAGGCUGCUGAAAUCUCGAAGAAGAUGUCUGAGACAGAGGGUGUCAUGUCUGAAGUGGACAGCAUCACCCGCCAGUACAGCAGUAUUGCCAGGGCAUGCAGUGCUGUUUUCGCAGUACUGGAGCAGUUGCAUCACAUCAACCACUUCUACCAAUUCUCUCUUCAGUACUUUGUCGAUAUUUUCAAUGCCGUUCUCUACCAGAACAAGCGUCUUGCCCAGGAGAAGGAUCAUGCCGCUCGUGUGCAGAUUAUCAUUCAUGAUCUGUUCAUUACCACUUACCAGCGAACCUCGCUGGGUCUUGUCCAGAAGGACCGCAUUACAUUGGCAAUCCUCCUUGCCCAGGCCACUCCUUUCCCAAUGGAUAGAGCCAUUCUAGACCGCAUUUUGGAUGAGUCUGUUGAGGACACCGAUCUGUCAACCACCUCUAACGCCCGCGAGGAGGUUUUGGGCAAGCUUCUUAAUAUCUCGCUCUUCAAGGAAUUCAUCCCCGAGGUCCCCCAAGAGCAGUGGGAUCGCUUCUUCACCGAGGAAAUCGCAGAGAACGCCGUUCCAGUCGUCUGGAAAGAGGAUACCCCUAAGCUUGAUCAGCUACUUCGAUCCCUGUUACUUGUCAAGCUCUGCCGCAUGGAUCGCUUUGUUCCAAGCGCUGAGCGCUUCGUUGAGGCUGUCUUCGGUCGUGAACUCUACGAGGGUAGCAGCGAUCUUAAGGACGUGGUUGACCAAGUCACAGCGACAACCCCGAUUUCUCUCAGCUCCAGCCCAGGCUUCGACGCCAGUUACAAGGUCGAUGCCCUGGUUGAACGCACGCAUGCUACUUGCGCCAAUAUUGCCAUGGGUUCGAAUGAAGGUCUCGAGAGCGCUGACAAGGCGAUCAGCAACGCAGCCGCAACUGGUAACUGGGUGCUUGUCAAGAACGUCCACCUGGCGCCUUCGUGGCUGCAGAGUCUGGAAAAGAGACUGGAUUCUCUCAAGCCCCACAAGGAGUUCCGACUCUUCCUGUCCAUGGAGUCCAGCCCCAAGAUCCCAGUCAACCUUAUCCGUGCCUCUCGCGUGUUGAUGUACGAGCAGCCUGCAGGUGUUCGUGCCAAUAUGAAGGACUCCCUGUCUUCGUUGACCACUCGUGCCAGCAAGGCCCCCGUCGAAAAAGCCCGUGUCUACCUGCUUCUUUGCUUCCUCCACGCCGUGGUUCAAGAACGUCUUCGCUACGCACCAAACCUUGGAUGGAAGGGCUUCUGGGAAUUCAAUGACAGCGACUACGAAUGCUCCGCCCACAUCAUUGACCACUGGGUCAACACAGUGGCCCAAGGCCGUUCCAACGUUGCACCCCAGAAACUCCCUUGGGAGAUGAUCUGCACUCUGAUCACAGAGAUGUACGGUGGCAAGAUUGACGAUGCCGGCGACUUCCAGCAGCUAGACGGCCUGGUCAAGAACUUCCUCACGCCCGCUGCCUUCGAGGACGAGCACAAGCUUGUUUCGGGUGUUGAGAACGACGAACUCCUUACUCUGCCUUCCGGCACUAGCAUCCGCGACUUCAUCAGCUGGGUCAACAAUCUCCCCGAGCGCGAGCCGCCUACCUACCUGGGUCUUCCGGCCAACGCAGAGAAGCUCCUGCUUGUUGGUCAUGGUCGCAAGAUGAUUUCAGACUUGUCUCGUAUCACUACGCUUCUGGAUGAAGGCGAGCAGCUGAUGGUUGACAACUAGUCUUUUCUUUUUUGUUGUUCAUAUUGCUAUUUUGUCCUCGACUUGGCGUUGAGGUGAAUCUCCUCUGGAAUUGGGGUUGGUGAGAAGUUGAUCUGUUUCAUACCCCCAAGACCGCUGGCGGAAUUGUCUUUCCUGUGUGUUUUUUCUUAUUGUUUUUGGUGUACAUCUCAUCAGAUCUGUGACUUUCUUUCUUUGUACAGCUUUUUGCUUCAUCUCUCUACCAAAACUUCAAGUCUUGUCAUUUCUGCACAAUAUUUCCUACAAUCACGCAUUCUGCCUUGUAUUAUUUACUCUCUUCAAAGUAGAGUUCGCUUUACAAACAUCGAGUCUCAGUGUAACAUAACGAGUGCAUUUCUCAUAACUUAGAGAGGAAUAUGGUUAAUAGCAUUAAGUAUCCAGUAUACAAUCUGAAAGAUAUCUGGCAUGUAUCAGACAUGUCUACAGUGACUGCCGAACACAUCAUGUAGAGUUACGUUAAAAACAAAACGCCAACGAGUGAUGGUUCCUAUGUACGAAGGAGGAGAGCAUAACUCGCAUCACCACAUUUAGGAGAUAAAGGUCGAUUCUGAAAACAAGGUUCCCUCCUCCUCGAUCUCGGUGUCGCCGACCUUGACCUUAAUCUUCAGCUUCUCCUGGGGAGAGAACUG